CCGUCUUCGGUGGUCGCCUUAGGGCCUCCUCCGUCUUCUCAGCCUUGGCGCUCUUCAACGCCAUGCGGGCUCCACUCUCCGCCCUACCGGAGCUCUUCUCCUCUUUGGCACAUGCGCAGGUGGCCAUCACUCGUUUUGAGCAGAUUCUGCUGGCCGAUCCGCCUCGCUCGAAGUCACCAGGCGAUGAGGCAUCAGCUCCAGCAAGGAGGGCUUCGAGGCCCAUGCCCAAGCUCUCGCCAGCCUUGGCCAAACCCAUUGAGUCACUUCACCUGCCUGUGGCCGACUCAAGCGCCCGAAGGAAGUUUGGCCGCCGCCGGACGGUAGAAGUAGGAGACUUGCAGAGCGACUCAUCCAGUUCAGGUGAAGGUGAAGAGGCAAAACUGCCAGCACCUGUCGUUGAGUUUUUCGAUGCCAGUUUCAGCUGGGACGAGGUCUCUGCUCCUAUGGUGCCCUUGCCCUUACGGAAGCCCAAAAGGAACUACCAACGCUCGUUGUCCUUGCCGAUCUCUUUGCCUGUGAGCAUGCAGGUGCUGCCGGAACUCUCCACUUCAACUCCACCCACGCCCGUGAACUCCAUGUCGCGCUUGCGUGGAGAUGCCUGCCAGAUGCGCGAAGCUGAGUCGGUGCUCCGCUGCAUCAACCUCACCUUGCGGCCCGGACAGCUCAUGGCGGUCCUGGGCGGUGCAGGAAGUGGCAAGACCACCUUGUUGUGGGCGCUCCUCGGUGAGGUUCCCUGCAUCGCGGGUAGCAGGCGAGUGCCAGGCGACUCCCAGAAGACGUCCGGCCGCGUGGCGUUCUGCGGUCAACAGCCGCAUCUCAUCCGCGGCUCGGUGAGGGACAACAUCCUCUUUGGCAGGCCGUAUGUCCAUCAGCACUACAUGGACGCUCUCCGCGCCUGUGGUCUUACGGACUUUCAGGUGGAAAAGCGCUCUGCUGGGCCUCAAGUCCCACACCUUUCAGGCGGACAACAAGUGCGGGUGGGCAUCGCGCGGGCAAUUUAUGGUUGCUCGGAUUCUCUGGGGAAAGACUCCAGGUUAUCCAGACCUUUGUCUCCUUGUCUCACCGGCGAGUACUUGAGGGGAUUCUCCCUUUGCCAGUCUAGAUCCAGCAACCUGCUGGGAGCUAAGAACGAACGGCAGCGAGAUGCAAUGACAUACCUGACAAAGCGGGUUCUCUGGUCUGGCAUGCAGCAAUUCGAGGCUGCCGACGUAGUGCUGGUACUCGAGGAGCGCGCGUUACGACCUGGUGUUGACCGUUCCGGUCAUGGAGAGCUGAUGGGACCCAUGGGUGACACUCAUGAUAUCUAUUGUGUUUUCCCCAGCCACUGCCACCAGCGAGUCGUCGCCGCAUGGGGCGUUUUCCCCAUGGAUUCGCCCAGCUAUUCGCGCAGCUCGCACAAUGACCGGCUGCCCGCGGGCUCUCCAGCGUUCCUGCCACGAAAUAGGCGGCUGCUCGUCUCCCGCCUCGGUGACCGUCCCGGUCCCGCCGCCGGGUCGUCCAGCGAAUCGGAGGACGACGCGUUGGGCGGCGCGGCAAAGCCUUCGCGAUGCGCCAAGUGUGGACACCUGUUAAUGGGCAUGCUCUUCUGUCGCAACUGCGGGCAGCGUCGAAGUGGCACGGGCCUGGAUGCCAUGGACUUUGCCUCGGCCUUUGGAGGGAUCAAAGAUGCAGUGAGAGAAGAGCAGCAAAGACACUUGGAUGGGCACGUGUUACACUCCGUGGACGCUGUGGCCUGCGUCUUGCAGGAGAUGUUGCAGCUGAAAUACGGUCUGCUGUUGGACGACUCCGACCUCCUCGGAAAGCUGCGGCACCAUUGCAACGGCGCGACACCCGAGGAGGUGGUGAAGCUCUUCAAUUCCCAACGUGACUUGCACGUGCGCAGCAUGGGUUCCCAACGUCUUGUCGCACUGCGACUGGAUUGGACGCCUCUGUCAUCCUUUGAGGCACUACAAGCCAAGGUGCGUUCCAUUCCAGGCACCUGCUCUGCCGUCGCGGUGCUCCCCAGUCUGCUGACGGAGGACGCGGAGGCAGAGGGAGCCGCUGCGGACUGCGCGGUGGCGAUCUUCAGGGAAGCCUACAGUAGCUACCCGCGAAACCUCAUGGGUCGCUGUGCCGGCCCCACGCCAUUGGUCGCCAUGUCCGCGCGGCAUUUUCGCUGGGCCGCAUCUUUGGAGCCGCAGAUCUUGAGCGAACUGCGCGGCAUGGGGCCCUCGCGGAAACCCAUGGAGUGUGGUGCUCCUUGCUGGCGUGAUGAGUACUCAACGGUGGUGAAAAAUGAAGAGAGAGGCUUCAGCUACGAAAAUCCCGUACCGAAGCUGCAGCUCCCGCUGCACAGCGGCCGUUCCGACGGCCGGACCUCGCGGUCUCGGCCGCGGUCCCCGAAGCGAAGUGCACGGCUGACGUCGCAGUGCAGUACGGAGGCCACCAGCCCUGGUCGGAGCCCUGAACGGAAUGGGACAGCGCCUGUGGCGGGACUGCAACUGGGCCAUGGGAUGGAAGCUCCUUGGAAUCUGUGGGAUCCCAGUCCGGGCGUCUUUGCCCCGGCCUCUCUGCUUCCUUACCAAGAGCCAGUUUCCAACUGGCGCCAUGGCUGCGGAUACAUGGGUAUACCAUGGUUUUUUCCGGAGCCACUUUGUUAA